CGGCGGAGGAGAAAGGGUGGGGAACCGCGAAGCAGGAGCGACGAUGGGGAAGCCCAAGAACAAGCGGCGGCGCGACGACUCCGGCUCCGAUGAAGACGAUACCUUCUACUACCGGUACCCCUCAGCUCCACCUCCUCCUCAGAAGUCGACCUCCAACCCCGCCGCCGCUCACGGCCGGAGGAACCCGAGCUCCGGCGGCGGCGGCGGCGGCGGCUCCUCAUCCGGCGGCCUCGUCCCCUCCAAGUCGACCCUCUACGUCUCCAACCUCGACUUCUCCCUCACCAAUUCCGACCUCCACACCCUCUUCUCCACCUUCGGCAAGAUCGCCCGCGUCACCAUCCUCAAGGACCGCGCCACCCGCCGCAGCCGCGGCGUCGCCUUCGUCCAGUUCGUCUCCCAGCCCGACGCCCAGAGGGCCGCCGCCGAGAUGCACGGCAAGAUCCUCAACGGCCGCAAGGUCGCCGCGUCGAUCGCGAUCGACAACGGCCGGGCGCCGGAGUUCAUCAAGAAGAGGGUUUACAAGGACAAGAGCAAGUGCUACGAGUGCGGGGAGGACGGGCACCUGUCGUACGAGUGCCCGAAGAAUAUCUUGGGGCCGAGAGAGAGGCCCGCCCCGAAGAAGGGGAGGAGGGGCGGCGGAGGAAGGGAAGAGUGGGGCGGCGCCGGUGCCGGCGGCGGCGGCGGCGGCGGCGGCGGCGGCGGCCACGGUGGUGGUGGAGAUGAUGAAGGGGAGGUAUUUGAGGAGGAGAAUUGGGCCUCGGUGGUGGACGACGGCGCGGACGAGAGAUUGUUGAGAAGGGAGAGAGAGGAGAGAGAGAGAGUGAAGGAGAGGAGGGAGAAAAAGGUGAGCUAUUUCAGUGACGAGAGUGAUGAGGAGGAUGAGUGAAUUUGCAGAGAGCGAGGCCUUGACUUUGCUUGGAUUUUGUAGAAGUCAACCUUCUUGGAGGGGUCUUUCCUGAAAAUAGUCUGAUUAAGCAAUCUUGGAUAUUGGCUGAUGUGGCUGGGUGGAAAAGGGAAUUUGCUACGGAAAGGAUGCUUGUGCAGGACAUUUGGGAGACAAAAUACGCUGUGUCCUUUAUAAUUGGAAAAAGAGGAAAGCCUGGUUCCUUUCCAUAUGUAGACUAUCAAUUGUGGUUUUCAAUCGUUAACUUUAGCGCACAGAUGAUGAUGUAGAAUGACAAGGAAUUUUUUGUAAGUUAUUGUCAACCAUCUGGAUUUGAACACAUUGUGAUUACAAAGCAAUCUGCCAGAUGAUGUGAGGCAAGAAAAGGAUUGAAAUCUUCAAAGUCAAGAGCACUUGAGACAGACUACAUGUUGGCUUUAGACUUCUUAUGACUAGUGAGAAAAGCAAGUUCCGCUGUC